GUGGGAAGUGUAGUGUAGUGUACUGUACUGUACUCUAUUAUACUGUGGUGUACUGUACUGUAGUGUAGUAUCAGUGUAUUGUCAGUGUGAGUGUGCGGCGGGCUCUAGGACCCUGCGCGCCGCUCUCGCCGGACUCUCUCCGCGGGCUGAGUCUCUCGCUGUGGAGAGUGCAGUGGAGGAGAGGCGAGGACACGCUCGUGCUCAUCAAAACACUUUUACCUGUUUUCUGCGGGAUUAAAGUAGCACCCGAAGCAGCGAGCUCCUCCACAGCAAUGCGCCGGAACCCUCAGUGAAACCCAUCUCGGUGACCCGUGUGAAGAGGCUUUACGCUGGCCGGAUCGAAGCACUCGGCGGAUCUGGAUAGACUGACGGCCUGCCGCCGGAGAGCAUGACGACGGACGUGGUGAUCGUGAAGGAGGGAUGGCUCCACAAGCGAGGAGAGUACAUAAAGACGUGGAGGCCGCGCUAUUUCUUGCUGAAGAGUGACGGUACGUUUAUCGGUUAUAAGGAGCGGCCGCAGGACGUGGAUCAGCUGGAGACGCCGUUAAACAACUUCUCCGUGGCACAGUGUCAGCUGAUGAAGACGGAGCGGCCCAAACCCAACACAUUCAUCAUACGCUGCCUGCAGUGGACCACUGUCAUCGAGCGCACCUUCCAUGUGGAGAGCCCCGAGGAGCGGGAUGAAUGGACCAAAGCCAUCCAGACUGUGUCCGACAGUCUGCAGAAACAAGAGGAGGAGCUGAUGGACGCGUCUCCAGAACACAUGGACAUGGAGAUGUUUCUGACCAAACCCCGGCUCAAAGUGACUAUGCACGACUUCGAAUACCUCAAACUUCUGGGAAAAGGCACUUUUGGGAAAGUGAUUCUGGUGAAGGAGAAAGCAACGGGAAAAUAUUACGCCAUGAAAAUCCUCAAGAAGGAAGUGAUUGUAGCCAAAGAUGAAGUGGCUCACACACUCGCAGAGAACCGUGUGCUGCAGAACUCCAAACACCCCUUCCUCACGGCUCUGAAGUACUCUUUCCAAACCCACGACCGUUUGUGUUUCGUCAUGGAGUACGCAAACGGAGGAGAGCUUUUCUUCCACUUGUCUCGGGACCGGGUUUUCUCCCGAGCCCGGGAUCCAGAUUUCGCGCGUUUCUACGGAGCAGAGAUCGUGUCUGCGCUGGAUUACCUGCAUUCAGAGAAAAACGUGGUCUACAGGGACCUGAAGCUGGAAAACCUGAUGCUGGAUAAAGACGGUCACAUUAAGAUCACUGACUUUGGUUUGUGUAAGGAGGGGAUCACAGACGGAGCCACGAUGAAGACCUUCUGUGGGACUCCAGAGUAUCUGGCCCCUGAGGUGCUGGAGGACAAUGAUUACGGUCGUGCGGUGGACUGGUGGGGUUUGGGUGUGGUGAUGUAUGAGAUGAUGUGCGGCCGUCUGCCGUUCUAUAACCAGGAUCACGAGCGUCUGUUUGAGCUCAUCCUGAUGGAGGACAUCCGCUUCCCUCGAACACUCGCACCCGACGCCAAAUCCCUGCUGUCCGGCCUGCUCAAGAAGGACCCCAAACAACGGUUAGGCGGCGGCCCGGACGAUGCCAAAGAAAUCAUGCAACACAAGUUCUUCACUGGAAUUGAGUGGCAGGACGUUUACGAGAAGAAGCUGGUUCCUCCGUUCAAACCGCAGGUGACUUCAGAGACAGACACCAGAUAUUUCGACGAGGAGUUCACAGGACAGACCAUCACCAUCACGCCGCCGGGACAAGAUGACAGCAUGGAGUCGUUCGACAGCGAGAGGAGGCCACACUUCCCGCAGUUCUCGUACUCGGCCAGCGGAACGGCGUAAACCCACACAACUGCUCUGAGACCCAGCACUGCAGCGGUUUACCACGUUUACCACGUUUACCGCGUCUGGAUCUGUGAUGUUCGUCCGUUCCACGUUGCUUCUGUGGCCUUUGAUUUCAUGAUGUUUUCUGAGGAUAUGAGAGGGAACACUAACAUUUCCACUCAGACUGAUUGUGUAGCACUUCUUUAAUCCGGAAACUAACGGCAUGCCAAAUAUUACUGUAUUUACAUCCAAAAACACCAGUUUUAUGAAGUGACCAAUUGAAACGUACAGAAAGUACAGCAGAAUAGCAGCUUUUCUAUGAAUACCUAGAAUAUCUAAUUCUGCUACAUUUGUAAUUUUACGCAAUUUUUCUCGACCCCCGAAGUAUUUUCAGACUAAAUUUCACUUGCAUUUGCAUCGAAUGUGCAAUAUAGUAGACAUGUAGAUAAAUUUUUUUUUUUUUAAUUAUUAAAAUGUGCACUUAACACACCAAAUUAACUUAUUAAAAC